GCCAACAGAGUGAAGGUGUCGGCGUGGUAGAGGAGAGUGUGUGUGUGUGUGUGUGUAUGUAUAUGUGUGUGGCUCUGGCAAGGAGACUGCGGUUUCUCACAAUUCUGCUGGAUUAGCUACUGUGGAGUAGUGGAAGCAUGGAUACGCCGCAACAAAAGGGAACUACGAGACGGAAAGUUUAAAGGAAGGCUGGCGCAAUUUCAUAGACCGGAGUCCCAAAGAACAGAACUGAGAAGCGAUAUGUUCGUCAUAAAGUGGGAUUUGUUGUUUGUUAUUUUCGGGUUGUGCAAAGUAAUCUCCCUGGCGAAUGGUUACAUUGUACACAUCAACGAGGAUGCGGAACCGGGGACCGUCAUUUCAAGUGUGGAACAGAGUGGGGCUUGCACUUUGGACCAGGUAAUAGCUCCGAAAUUCACAAAGCCCUUCAUUGAAACUGAUGAGGCGGCGGGCAUUGUGUCCGUUUCGGGUGCUUUGCAUUGUGACUUGUUCCUUUCAAACCCUUUCUCUGUGUAUACUGUUGCGGAUUGUGUGAGUCACGUCCCCGGUUUCAGGCACCUUCUAACUACGGAGUAUAAUGUGCAUGUUCACGGCAGAAACUGUUUAAACAAACACAAGCGUAAAACGAAAUGGGACCUUGAUGUGAUAAGUUUGUUAAAUGUCAAUAGCCAUCAGCCCGAGUGCUAUAAGGCUGGCACUUAUAUUUUCUCUGUAUGGGAUCUAUUGCCCGGUUCUCUGACCUCCAGCAAUGUGGACUGCAAUGUUACUGCGAGUUCGGAUUUUUACCUUUCUGAUGGACAAUUAUUUGUUUCACGGGGUAUAUGCUUUAAACACGAAACUUUGUUGGAGUUUGACCUGCGCUGUAACAGACGCGGUAAGGGCGCCGCCGAGAGCGUGUUGAAACGGAGGCAUGAGAAUGCCUAUGACCUCUCCGUGCACUGGCGUGUGGGUCAGGGCUCUUUCAGGCAAGGCUAUCUGGAGAAGCUGCUAAAGAGAGCGGCCCUGUCUGACUCUGGUCUAAUAAGCAGAAGGAAGCGGAAUGUCAACAGUAGCCCACAGUUUCAGCCACCCAUGUACCAGGUGUCAGUGCCAGAAAACAAGCCAGCUGGCACUCCUGUGAUUGUUUUGAAAGCUGUGGACCCUGAUGAGGGGGAGGCAGGCAGGCUGGAUUACUUCAUUGAGGCUCUGUUCGACAGCCGCUCCAACAAUCUUUUUGCUGUUGACUCUGUCAGUGGGAUCGUUUCCACGGUUGAGAUACUGGAUAGGGAGACCAAGGACACGCAUGUGUUUCGAGUGACUGCAGUGGACCAUGGCACACCAAGGCGCACAGCAAUGGCAACACUGACUAUAACAGUGAGCGACACGAAUGACCACGACCCUGUCUUUGAACAGCAGGACUACAAAGAGAGUGUGCGUGAAAACUUGGAGAUUGGCUAUGAGGUUCUGACUGUGCGUGCCACUGAUGGAGAUGCACCUGUCAACGGAAACAUCUUCUACCACGUGAUCAACAGCAACGGCACCAAUGACGUGUUUGAGAUCGACUCACGCUCAGGGGUGAUUCGUACCAAGGGCCCUGUAGACCGCGAAUCUGUUGAUGCCUACAUGCUUCUGGUAGAGGCCAAUGACCAAGGUCAGGAGCCAGGCCCACGCAGUGCUACGGCAACCGUACAUAUCGUGGUGGAGGACGAAAAUGACAAUGCACCUCAGUUUAGCGAAAAGCGAUACGUGGUGCAGGUGCCUGAAGACCUGGCGCCCAACACAGAGAUCCUCCAGGUGACCGCCACGGACCAGGACAAGGGUAGCAACGCGGUGGUCCACUUCAGCAUCAUGAGCGGUAACACGCGAGGCCAGUUCUACAUCGACGCCCAGAGUGGCAAGAUGGACCUUGUAAGCCAGCUGGACUACGAGGCCAACAAGGAAUACACACUCCGCAUCCGUGCGCAGGACGGCGGUCGCCCCCCGCUCUCCAACAUCAGCGGUCUGGUCACGGUGCAGGUGCUCGACGUCAAUGACAACGCACCCAUUUUCGUGAGCACCCCCUUCCAGGCCACCGUGCUGGAGAAUGUCCCGGUGGGCUACUCAGUCAUCCAUAUCCAGGCAGUAGACGCCGACUCUGGGGACAACUCGCGUCUGGAUUACCGCCUGGUGGAGACCACCCCCAACUUCCCCUUCACCAUCAACAACAGCACAGGCUGGAUUGUGGUGGCGGCCGAGCUCGACCGAGAGAGUGUGGACUUCUAUAACUUCGGCGUCGAGGCUCGUGACCAUGGGACACCCAUCAUGUCCUCCUCGGCCAGCAUCAGCAUGACCAUUCUCGACGUGAACGACAACAAUCCAGAGUUCACGCAGAAGGCCUACUACAUGCGUCUGAAUGAGGACGCUGCUGUGGGGACAAGCGUAGUGACCGUGUCGGCCGUGGACCAGGACAUCAAUAGCGUGGUGACCUACCAGAUCUCUAGUGGUAACACGCGCAACCGGUUCUCCAUCACGAGCCAGAGCGGUGGUGGUCUCAUCACGCUGGCUUUGCCGCUGGACUACAAGCUCGAACGACAGUACGUGCUAAGCGUCACUGCCUCAGACGGCACACGAUUUGACACCACCAAGGUCUACAUCAACGUGACUGACGCCAACACGCACCGGCCAGUGUUUCAGAGCUCCCACUACACUGUGAACAUCAACGAGGACCGACCCGUUGGGACCACCGUGGUGGUGAUUAGUGCCACAGACGAGGAUACUGGGGAGAACGCACGAAUCACUUACUUCAUGGACGACAGCAUCCCGCAGUUCAACAUCGACCCCGACACGGGAGCGGUUACAACGCAAAUGGAGCUGGACUAUGAAGACCAGUUGUCCUACACGCUGGCCAUCACAGCCCGGGACAAUGGCAUCCCACAGAAGUCCGACACAACCUACUUGGAGAUCUUAGUGAGCGACGUAAACGAUAACUCCCCGCGUUUCAUCCGAGAUCGCUACACGGGCUCGGUGAUGGAGGACGUGCCGGUGUUCACCAGCGUGGUCCAGGUGUCCGCCACAGACCGCGACUCUGGGCUCAACGGACGCGUGUUCUACACCUUCCAAGGUGGUGAAGAUGGUGAUGGUGACUUCAUCAUUGAGUCCACCUCUGGGAUUGUCCGCACGCUGCGACGCCUUGACCGUGAAAACAUGCCGAUUUACAACCUGCAGGCUUACGCGGUGGAUAAAGGAGUGCCGGCUCUCAAAACACCCGUGGACAUCCAGGUGACAAUCCUGGACGUGAACGAUAACCCUCCCGUGUUUGAGAAAGACGAGUUUGACAUCUUGGUGGAAGAGAACAGCCCCAUUGGGCUGGUGGUUGCCCACAUAUCAGCCUCGGACCCCGAUGAGGGGAGCAACGCUCAGAUCAUGUACCAGAUUGUGGAGGGCAACAUCCCUGAGGUGUUCCAGCUGGACAUCUUCUCUGGGGAACUCACUGCGCUGAUGGACCUGGACUACGAGGUCCGCUCUGAGUAUGUGAUCGUGGUCCAGGCCACCUCUGCCCCACUGGUGAGCCGAGCCACGGUCCACAUCAAGCUCAUUGACAAGAACGACAACGUCCCCGUCCUCAAAAACUUCCAGAUCAUCUUCAACAACUAUGUGACGGACAAGUCCAACAGCUUCCCCACAGGUGUGAUUGGCCGGAUCCCGGCUUUCGACCCGGAUGUGUCGGACCAGCUGCAUUACAGCUUUGAGGCUGGAAAUGAGUUAAAUCUGGUCUUGCUCAACCAGAGCACUGGAGAGAUUCGGCUGAGCCGUGACCUUGACAACAACAGACCCCUGGAGGCUUCCAUGAGGAUUGCCGUCUCAGAUGGGGUCCAUUCGGUGUCAGCUCAGUGUCUGCUGCAGGUGACCAUCAUCACAGACGAGAUGCUCUCCAACAGCAUCACGCUGCGCCUAGCCAACACGUCACAAGAGCGCUUCCUGUCGCUGCUGCUGGCCCAGUUCCUGGACGGUGUGGCGCGUGUUCUCUCGGCUUCGCGUGAGGACGUGGUCGUCUUCAACGUCCAGGACGACACCGACGUCAGCGCCAGCAUCCUCAAUGUCAGCCUCUCCGUGGCCGUGCCAGGUGAUGGAGCCGGUGGUGGCGGCGGCGGUGGUGUUGGUAGGGGAGGAGCGGGCAGUGUUGGAAGCAGGCGUAACCUGGGAGUGACCGGAAGGGGCGGCCAUGGCGUGGAGUUCCUGGGCUCGGAGGAGCUGCAGGAGCGGCUGUACCUGAACCGCAGCCUGCUGGCGCGCAUCUCCUCGCAGGAGGUGCUGCCCUUCGACGACAACAUCUGCCUGCGCGAGCCCUGCGAGAACUACAUGAAGUGCGUCUCAGUGCUAAAGUUCGACAGCCUGGCGCCCUUUGUGGCGUCCGACACCAUCCUGUUCCGGCCCAUCCAGCCCAUCGCUGGCCUGCGCUGCCGCUGCCCGGCCGGCUUCACGGGGGACUACUGCGAGACCGAGGUGGACCUGUGCUACUCCAAGCCCUGCGGGCCGCACGGCGUCUGCCGCAGCAGGGAGGGAGGCUACACCUGCGAGUGUCUGGACGACUACACAGGGGAGCGGUGUGAGCUGUCUUCGAGGUCAGGUCGCUGUGCCCCUGGUGUGUGUAAGAAUGGCGGCACGUGCGUGAACCUGCUGGUGGGCGGCUUCCGCUGUGAGUGUCCGUCGGGCGGCUACGAGAAGCCCUACUGCGAGAUGACCACCCGCAACUUCCCCCCACAGUCCUUCCUGACCUUCAAGGGCCUGCGCCAGCGCUUCCACUUCACCCUGUCCCUCUCGUUCGCCACCAGAGAACCCAACGGCCUGCUGCUCUACAACGGCCGCUUCAAUGAAAAGCAUGACUUCAUCGCCGUGGAGAUCGUUAACCAGCAGAUCCAGCUGACGUUCUCUGCAGGCGAGACCAAGACGACGGUGUCCCCUUACGUCCACGGCGGUGUGAGCGAUGGCCAGUGGCACGUGAUCCAGGUGCACUACUACAACAAGCCUAUUCUAAACCAGGCCGGCCUCCCUCAGGGCCCAUCCGACCAGAAGGUUGUCGUGGUGACUGUGGAUAACUGUGACACAUCUGUGGCACUGAGAUUCGGUCACGUGAUUGGGAACUACUCCUGCUCAGCCCAAGGCAGCCAAUCAGGAUCUAAGAAAUCUUUAGACCUAACGGGUCCUCUGCUGCUGGGAGGGGUCCCCACACUACCCGAGGACUUCCCCAUUCAGAACAGGCAGUUUGUAGGCUGCAUGAAGGAUCUGCGCAUAGACAACCGCCACAUCGACAUGGCCAGCUUCAUCGCCAACAACGGCACACUGCCAGGCUGCUCGGCCAAGAGGCACUUCUGCAACACCAGCCCCUGCCUGAACGGAGGCACCUGUGUCAACUUGUGGGGAUCCUACAGCUGUGACUGCCCCCUAGGCUUUGGAGGACGCAACUGCGAGAAAGUGAUGCCAAAUGCACAGCGUUUCCAAGGAAACAGCCUGUUGCUGUGGAGCAAUUUGGCGGUGUCUGUGACGUUGCCAUGGCAGCUCGAGAUCAUGUUCCGAACCCGGGAACCGAGCUCGACCCUCUUGCACCUGACAGCGGGUCAGCACCACAACCUGACUCUGCAGCUGCGGGAGGGCAGACUGCAGCUGCUGGUGCAGCGUGGCGAGGACUCCGGGCUGUCUCGUCUUGAUGAUGUCACGGUGAAUGACGGGGACUGGCACCAUGCCCAGGUGGAGCUGCAGGGGGCUGCUGGAGGAGGAACUGGUCGCCACAGGCUCGUUCUGACCUUUGACCACGGCCUCUACACAGCCAGUAUGGAGGUGGACAACAAGCUGAAGGGGGCCAAACUGAAGACACUGAGUGUGGGGGGCUUCACUGGGAACAACGGCAAAGUGUUGCAGGGAUUCCGUGGCUGCAUUCAGGGUCUGCGUAUAGGGGACGGCCCCAGCAGCAUGGUGUCGCUGAGUCUGUCUCAGGCCCGGCGGGUCAACGUGGAGUCGGGCUGCAAUGUGCCAGACCCCUGCCUGUCCAACCCCUGCCCAGCCAACAGCUACUGCAGCGACGAUUGGGACUCCUACUCCUGCACCUGCCACACAGGUUACUAUGGCACCAACUGCACUGACGCAUGCAUGCUGAACCCCUGCGAGCACCAAUCAGCUUGCACCAGGAAGCCAAGCUCCUCCCACGGCUAUGUGUGUGACUGCCCCAGCAACUACUUUGGCCAGUACUGCGAAAAAAAGACUGACCUGCCAUGCCCUAGAGGUUGGUGGGGUCAUAAGACAUGUGGGCCAUGUGACUGCCAAACAGACAAGGGCUUCGAUGCUGACUGCAACAAGACCAGUGGGGAAUGCCGCUGCAAGGAUAACCAUUACCGGCCACUGGGCAGUGACGUGUGUCUGCUGUGCGACUGCUACCCGGUGGGCUCCUUCUCGCGUGCGUGCGAUCGGGAGAGCGGCCAGUGCCAGUGCAAAGCCGGUGUCAUCGGGCGCCAGUGCGACCGCUGCGACAACCCCUUCGCCGAGGUCUCUGCCAAUGGCUGCGAAGUGAUCUAUGACAGCUGUCCCCAGGCCAUCGAGGCGGGGAUCUGGUGGCCCAGGACCAAGUUUGGCCUCCCUGCCGCAGUGCCCUGUCCCAAGGGCUCCGUGGGCACAGCCAUUCGUCACUGUGAUGAGCACAAAGGCUGGCUGCCUCCCAACCUCUUCAACUGCACCUCGGUCACCUUCACCAAACUCAAGACACUGGCGGAUCGUCUAACCCGUAACUCGUCCCUGCUGGAGUCGUCGGAGGUGCAGCGCACGGCCACACAGCUGGCCAACGCCACGCGCCACACCCGCAGUUACUACGGCAGCGACGUGAAGGUGGCGUACCGGCUGACCCAGAGCCUGCUGCUGCACGAGAGUAGCCAGCAGGGCUUCAGCCUGGCCGCCACGCAGGACGUGCACUUCAACGAGAACCUGCUGCAGGUGGGCAGUGCCAUCCUGGCGGGGGAGACGCGUCCGCACUGGGAGCUGAUCCAGCAGACGGAGGGUGGCACGGCGGCGUUGCUGCGCCAGUAUGAGGAGUACACCAACACUCUGGCCCAGAACAUGAGGAAGACCUACCUCAGCCCCUUCACCAUCGUCCUGCCCAACAUCGUCAUAUCCAUUGACCGGCUGGACAAGAUGAACUUUGCUGGUGCCAAGCUCCCACGUUAUCAGUCCCUACGCGGCCCCCGACCUUUUGACCUCGAGACAGCGGUCACACUCCCUGACUCGGUCUUCGAGCCCGCUACAGAAGGCAAAGGUCAACGGCCGGCGGACCCCCUCCCAGAGGCCAUCGGCAUUAACCGGACAUCGGCAUCCAAUCGUAGGCGGCGGCACCCGGAUGAGCAAGAGGAGGACGCCAUCGCCAGUGUCAUCAUCUUUCACAGCCUGGCAGGACUGCUGCCCGAAAGAUAUGACCCUGACAAGAGGAGUCUGAGAGUUCCCAAGCGGCCCGUUAUCAACACCCCGGUGGUGAGCAUCACGGUGCAUGACAAUGAGGAGCUGUUGCAGCACGCCCUGAACAAGCCCAUCACCGUGCAGUUCCGCCUCGUCACCACCGAGGAGCGCUCCAAGCCCAUCUGCGUCUUCUGGAACCAUUCAAUAGUAACUGGGUCACCCGGGGGCAGUGGUGCCUGGUCAGCUAAAGGCUGUGAUGUGGUGUUCCGGAACAGCACCCACAUCAGCUGCCAGUGCUACCACAUGACCAGCUUCGCUGUGCUCAUGGACAUCUCCAGACGAGAGAACGGGGAGAUCCUGCCGGUGCAGCUGGUGACGUGGAGCACGGUGGGCGUGACGCUGGGCUUCCUGCUGCUGACCAUGCUCUUCCUGGCGUGCCUGCGGGCCAUGCACAGCAACCGCACCAGCAUCCUCAGCAACGCCGCCGCUGCCCUCUUCAUCGCCGAGUUGACCUUCAUGCUGGGCAUCAACCAGGCCGACAACCCUUUCUUGUGCACGGUGAUUGCCAUCCUAUUGCACUUCUUCUACCUGUGUGCGUUCUCCUGGCUCUUCCUGGAGGGCCUGCACGUGUACCGCAUGCUCACCGAGCUGCGUGACAUCAACUACGGCCCCAUGCGCUUCUACUACAUGAUUGGCUGGGGCGUGCCUGCAUUCAUCACAGGGCUGGCGGUGGGCCUGGACCCAGAAGGCUACGGGAAUCCAGACUUCUGCUGGCUCAGCAUCUACGACACGCUCAUCUGGAGCUUUGCAGGGCCCAUCGCCCUGGUGGUGUCUAUGAACAUCUUCCUGUACAUCCUGGCAUCCAAAGCCUCCUGCUCCAUGCGUCACCACAGCUUUGAGAAGAAGGAACCACCUGUUACGGGCUUGAGGACUGCGUGUGGCGUCCUCUUCCUAGUCACAGUGACCUGUCUUCUGGGCAUCCUGUCGGUCAACAGUGAUAUGAUCAUCUUCCACUACCUGUUCGCCGGAUUCAACUGUCUGCAGGGACCCUUCAUCUUCUUCUUCCGCAUCGUGUUCAAUAAGGAGGCGAGGGACGCCAUGAAGUACUGCUGCAGCCGCAAGAGGCCCGAUCACAUGAUCAAGUCAAAGCCCUCGUCGUACAACUGCAACACCAGCUACAUGGACGGGCGUCUGUACCACCUGCCGUUUGGAGACUCCAGCGGCUCCCUCAACGGCACCCUGCAGAGCGGCAAGAGUCAGCAGAGCUACGUGCCUUUUGUCCUCAGAGAUGAUGUUGGGAUGGAUAACAGCCAGGCCCACAUUGCGCUGAACGACCAUAACUCCCUCUUUCAUGAUGUCAAAGAACAUGUAGAUGAUGAGGAUUCGGACUCUGACAGUGACCUGUCUGAGCUGGAGGACGACCAGAGCGGCUCCUACGCCUCGACCCACUCCUCGGACAGCGAGGACGAGGAUGGGCCGCACCCUGAGGAGGAAUGCUGGGAAAGUCUGGCCACUGGCUCCGGCAAACGUCCACAUGGGGAGUAUGCAGAUGACGAUGAAAGUGGGGCCGAGAAGUUGAGGGUGGAGACGCUGACCCAUCCUGAUGACCGAUACGGAGACAGAGCAGAGACUUAUGGGAAGGAGAACAUGCUUCUGCUCCUGCCCAGCAUCCCCAACCCCAAUGCCCACCCACAGAAAGGCAUCCUGAAGAAGAAGCAGCUGUCUCCAAUUGCUGAAAGGAACGGCAUCAACCGCAUCCACAACGAGCUGGCUGGCCCCACCUCCUCGCGAGGCUCCUCCUCUAGUGAGGGGAAAGGUAGUGGGGCGAAGGCCAGCGUGCCGGAGCAGCUGAACGGUGUGGCGCUGAGCAUCAAGGCCAAGGGGACCAUGGACGACGACUCGUCAGGAUCAGAGGCUUUGUCAGUGCACAGUCGCACAAAGUCUCCUUUUACUUAGCUAAGUCCUAGAGCCACACUCCCACAUUCUGUUUCCUGCCUCCUGACCUUCACGACCACACACCAGUGUAUUCUUAUUGGCCGGAAGAGGAGAAGAGUGACAGGAGGGCGGGUCUGAGGAGUCCUUCUGUUUCUCUGUGUCUUAAGCUGUAUUUCAUUUAUAAUGUUUUACAUCCGAAAACUGCACCAUCAUCUCUCUCAGUAGAGUUCCUUUUUUUUGUGCCAAACCUCAUGCGCGUCUGUCUGCCCCAGACCACGACAGGGCUGCACUGAUCACACUGAGGCCAUCUUUGGUUUCCUCAUUAUGGUUUUAGCAUAUCUUUUUUUGUUUUUUUUGUUUACAUACUUGAAGCAAUGCACUUUUUUUGAUCAAUUAUGAUGCUCAGUUCGAUGCCAUGGAAACAGGAAUUCACCUCCAGUUGUCGUCUAUCAUUAUUAUUGUUGUUUUUUUUAUGUCAAACAGAGGAAAUGUGAUUAAGUUCCUCUUUGGCUGGGUUACUUGGUUCCGAUUGAACACUGCUUUCGGGGAAGUUCCCCCGUCCAAUCACAACCACUCACUACUCCUGGAAGGGCCAGUUGUACAGUUUAAUUUUUAUGUUUACGUUUUUAAGAAAAUGCUUUGUGAAGGAAGAUGCUAAUCAAGAGUGCAGAUGACCUCAGACGUCUGCUUAUUAAACAGACUGUGCUAGGAGUAACCCAGAGAGCAUGACUGCUUCUGGAUAGGACUACUGCUGAUACCAGGAAGGUCAGACACUGAAGGCCUGUGCUGAUGUAUAAAGACACAUCUUGCAGAAUGUGUAGCGUGGGGACUAAAGACAGACAUCCAGCUGCUACAGACAAAUAGAGAGGUGUUGCCACCGCACAACAUCAUGGAAAUGCUAUAAACUGCUGAAUCACUGUGGUUCUUCACAAGGCCGAUCGUCAUGAUGACCCCUCCAGUUCUGGAAUUCUCUCUUAAGACUGUGAACCUGCCGGCCUGCCUUGUCCACCACUAGGCCUUUUGUUUUAUAACACCAGUGGGAGACUUUUCAAGAAAUCUGAUCAGAGGGAAAAAACAAACAUGUGUGACGUGCUACAAAGGACUUUUGAUACAUAAAAGAAAACUUUUGUAAAAAAAAGACAAAAAUGCUGGGAGAAAAUUUUAUAUGACCAUUUGAAAACGCUCCUUAUCUUUUGGUUUUGUUUUGAAAGAAAUGUUUUGUCUGAGAGAUUUGCCUUUCGCCGUUUUGUUUCUGUGAUAACUUUGUAUUUUAUAGAUUAGAUAUGAUAUGAAGGCCACAAUACUGUUUUGUAAAAUACUGGCAAAUGUGUGAUGUUUGUAGAGAUGUUACUGUACAGACUUGUAAGGAGAGCAUAAACUAUUUACACUAAUACUCCCCUCCCCCACUUCAAGGAGUACUCAUUACAAAUGUAUUCGUGUUGAUAGAAAUAAACCACUGAUUCCCUGAUUCUUACCAUAUUACUUAAAGCCUACAUGUCACAUGACUCGUAUGAUGGGAUGGGAUUUCAAUCAAUUAAUCUGUUUUGUGAAUUUUGAAGAAAAAUGGAGUUAAACGUCUUUCAUAUUAAGUUAUUUUUGUUUUUAUGUUCUUUUUCCAGGUUCGUCAUUACGAGAGUGUAGAUAAUUUAUAGAUAUAAAUGACUAGCUUUCAAAUGUUGUGUUCCAUAUAAUUUGACUUUUACUAAGCUCUGAAGUCUAUGAUUUACAGGCAUGUAUUCAGCCUACGAAUGCACAAAUGCAUUGGUCUUUGUUCACUCUUUUGCAGUGCUCAAUGAUCAAACCCAAGGAAAAGCUCACACAGAAGUGAAAAUGGCUAUUAACGCCUGUCAGUCUUUGUAAAUGAUGUUGCUUCACUCUGUUUACUGAGAAAAGGUGACAAGGCUGGUUAUUUUGAACAUAGCUACAGAUGUUUGAUGUAAUUUCUGUCUAUAGUGCAGUCAAGGUACUACUGAAUCAAUCCUUUAUCAUGUUCACCAAUGCUGAUAUUAUAAGGGGGCUAUAAUAUGUGGAAGCAAUGUCUCUUAGUGGUCUAAACUGCCCUCUAUAUUUUUGGCUGAAUUCACUCUACUCUUUCUGGAAUUUUCCACAUUCUGUGGCUUAUAUCUUCAUGUGACAGGACAGAUGCGUUCUGUCUCUUGAUAUUUUCCCAGCUAUUGAUGUCAAAGCUUUAGUGAAACAGGGUAGAAAAACAUAUGGGUUGUAUUUUUCUAUGUGAAACCGCUUUGUAAUGGACCACACCAAACUUGGAGUAAAUCAGACUGUGUUUUUAA